AAUUACAUUUUUUAUGUAUUCAGAAAUUCCAGUUAUGAUAACUGCUUUGUUGUCCCCCCCCCAAACCAAACCCUUAAAUUGAACCACUUAUAAAGACCUUUCUUUGCAUCUCACAUUAGCGUUAGUUGUCAUUAGUAUUUGAAUUAUAGUUACAUUCUUCACCAGUGUUCUCACUAGGACAGGCACACAGUAAGCACAGAGUAUCUCUUUGGUCAAGAAAAUUGAAAUUGAAAAUGAAUGUGAUGUGCUUUACUUGUUUCUAAAAAGAAGAAGAAGAAAAGUGUUAAAUGACAUAUCACCAUCGGAAAGUUAAACUGAAAUAAUUUUUAUUUCUAGGCCAUACAUUCCUACAACCUUCAGUAUUAGGAAUGAUGUAGAAACAAUGGGAGGUGUCAUAAAGUUCCACUGCUGGAAACAAAAUCUGCCUCACACCACAAGAACUGUAACUGCUAUGCAGUGAUUAAGAUAGUAUCAAGUAGCCUCAACACUUGAAGCAUCUAAAUCUGUUUCUCAUAAAUUGGUGCUCUCCCCUCACCAGCACAUUCAUUCUUCGUUCCAAGUCCCACAGGACUCAUGACUCUGGGUGUCCUAAAACUGUCUCUGUCUUUCUCCUCCUGCUGUGACAGACAAACUCUAUAUAUACACUAUACUGUGCUGUGUAGUUGGACACUGUGGUACCAGCUACUGGGGCCAGGAUAGCUUGGCCAGUGUAAUGAUUGGGCUAUUAGUUGGAUGCCCAGAGAAUUGGUGUUUGAUUCCUGGUAGGUACCAAGAUUUUCCUCUCUGCUGCCAUGUCUAGAUCAACUCUGGGGCCCACUGGGGUUUCAUUUCCCUGUGGUAAAUUGGCCAUGACAUGAAGGUGCUCACUCACCUACAUCUAGUUUCCAAGGUGAAGAAACAAUGGAGCUGUCUCUCCACUCCCGAAUGCAUAUGCAUGGAUAAUCAGAGAGUAUAUGGAACCAGCUGGGAGUCAGGAUGGAACUGAAGCUGCUGCAGGCAGUAGUCCUACCUUUCAUCCAAGCCAAGGAAACUGUGACAGAUACCAUGCAUACCAGGGAGGCUCAGGAUUGUCACAGCUGUCUAGGGAUGGACAUCCCAGAGCCACCCACGUCAAUGUGCGUAUUCUAGCAAGUCCCAGCAAGAAUGGAACUGUACCUUCUGGCAGUUCAGGAAUGAUUGGCAAGCUUGGGGCACCUUGCCAUGAACACAAACAUCUGUGCCCUCUGUUCCCUGACACAGUGCAAGUCACACAGGCUCCCACAAGGCAACCUCAGCCAUCUGCAAAAAGUUUUGUUGAAUGGAAGCGCAAUACUUCUCAAAUUGCUGAGAGGAAAUUCAUCUGGAGGUUUGCACUGACAAUGAAUGGACUGAAAAUGAAGAUUUGGCAGGAAAGAGUUGGAACUCCACACAAAGCAGUCCGCAGUGAGCCCCAUGCAAGGGGAAAGGAUAAGGUCAAUCUGUGAGCUCGGCUCCUAAAACAGUUUUCACACCUCACUGUGUAUUUUUUUUCAGCACUAGAGAAGAGGAGAUAUUCAUCCAUUUUUUCAUUAGUGGUAUUUUAUGAAGUAAAAUUAUUUGUCCCAAACCUUAUUGAAGGGUACAAAAGUACUUUCUGUAAUCCAUUAAAAGAUUAAUGUAAAACCAAAUUGGAUA